UUGAACUUUAUUCACAAUCACCGCUUCCCCUCUCAUUCUUCCCUUUUCUCCUAAAAAAAUCUCACUUCUUCCUCUCAGGAAUUAUGAGGGAAGCUCACCGGAGUGGUCAUCAAACUGCCGUGUCGGGCGGAGCCGCCGCUGUCCUAAAGCGCCGCCGGCUUGAUUGGUUGAUGGUGUUGGUUCUCAUGUUCAUGUAUUUUGGGAUAUUCAAAAUCCAACCGUUUAGGCGAUAUGUGGGGAGAGAUAUGAUCGCCAAUGUUAAAUAUCCUUUGAUGGGAGUCACCAUUCCCUUCUGGACUGUUCCUUUGUAUGCGGUUGUGUUGCCAAUUGCAAUCUUUCUGGCGGCGUAUAUGCGUAGAAGAGACGUCUAUGAUCUUCACGAUGCCAUUUUAGGUAUUCUCUUAUCUGUGCUAGUAACAGGAGUUCUCACUGAGGCAACUAAGAAUGCAACUGGUCGCCCGAGGCCCGACUUCUUUUGGCGUUGUUUUCCCGAUGGGAAUGAGGUUUACAACCGAUUCGGAAACGUCGUAUGUCAUGGGAAGAAAAGUUUCGUCUUGGACGGGUACAAGAGUUUUCCUAGUGGUCAUGCUUCAUGGUCAUUUGCUGGCCUUGGUUUUCUCUCAUUGUACUUAUCAAGCAAGCUAAGAGUGUUUGAGCAUGGAGGCAAUGUUGCAAAACUACUUUUGGCUCUCUUUCCUUUGUUGGUUGCUUAUGUGGUUGGGAUCUUUAUGGUGAAUGACUACAUGCACCAUUCCCUAGAUGUUCUUUUUGGUGCUCUCAUUGGUCUUGUGGUGGCUACACUUAUUUAUUUGCAGUUCUUUCCAUCCCCGUAUCCUCAAGAUGUUUUCUUCCCGACGUCGGAGCAAUCAAGAACGAAUGCUCUAAGAAGCAAUGUUACGGCGAAUGCUAAUAGCGGUGUGGACAUUGAGGCCCCCAUGUCUCCUGAAAAUGGAGGUCGGUGACGAGAGUGACUAUGAUUUUCGAUCUUAAGGUUUAAAUCCCGGCCCAACUCGUGCUUGCAUAUAAUUAUUGAUUAUAUUUAGUUUUGUGGGUUCAUUUGAUUCACAAUUUAGGAAGAAUUUAAUUUCUUUGUUUAAAAUGCGUAAUGUACAAGUUUGUUUAUAUGCCUUUGAAUGCUCUAAUAUUUAUGUAUUUAUCUUUUAGAAGGGAGGAUUAUUUGUGCUUGAUUUGAGCUUCUUUUGAGAGGUAUCACUUUAAUUGA